UACGGAACGGCCAUUGCCACUUCCUUUCUUUCCGAAAGGUUUUUUUCUAAGGUAAGAAACCUUGUUUUUUAAAAGUUAAGGGGGAAAAAGGGUCUGAGAAUCGACUCAACUGGAAAUUCGAAUCUAAGUCUGUACUCUGCCUCUCAACUCUAUCCACCGAGAACUAGGUGCCUUGUUUGAAGUUCAUUGCUCGAGUUUCUCCUAUACAUACCAAAAGCCGAAUUAAAAAGCCCAGUUUUUUUCUUGCAUAUCACUUUGCUUCCCUUAAGUUAAGCUCUCUCUCGCCCUUUUCAGAUCUCAAAGCCAUUUGCAUUGUCCUCCAACAACCACCUUAUGGAUCGACCACCCCACAAUUAUGCAGCUGCAUCUGCCAAUGCCAUGGCUUACUCCCAACAGCAGCGACAAUCAGCCAAUAUUCAACAGCAGUUCGGGUAUCCUCCACAACAUCAACAGUUCUCUGCAACAGUGCAUGCUCCUCCUUUCCUAGCACCACAUCCUUCUCAAUUCCCUUACCAUCCCCAUAUGCAAGUACAACACCAACCCCAACUCCACCCUCAACUUCUUCAUCUUCAGCAGCAACAGCAACCAUCCCCUACAUUCCCUUCACAUUUGCCUCCUCAUCUCGUUUCUUCACCUUUCCAUGGUCUUUAUGAUUCUCCUCCGCCCCUUGCUGCUCCCCCAUCUGAUCCUGAUCUCCAAAAGCGUAUUGACAAGCUUGUGGAAUAUGCAACUAAGAAUGGUCCUGAAUUUGAAGCCAUGAUCCGUGAAAAGCAGCAAGAUAAUCCUGAUUACAAUUUUCUCUUUGGUGGAGAGGGGAAUGGUUACUACAGGUACAAGCUUUGGCUAUCUACACAUCCCCAAAGUGGACCCUACCCUUCCUUUCCACCAUCUUCCAUACCUAUGAUGCAUCCUCCUCCUAAUCCUGUCAUGAAUCCUUCGUCUCUGAACGCGCCUCCAAUGGGCACCACUGCUUCUGCUGCUGCUCCUCCUCAAAUGCACCAACCUGCUUUUCCUCCAUUUUAUGAUCAACAGCAUCACUAUCAGCAUCCUCAGCCUUUUGUUGGUCUUGGCCGGCCAGAUUAUGGUCAGUCCUUCAAAGGCCUUUCUGGUCCCCUGCCCUCUGAUGUUGCAAUGGAGCUUACUAAUGUUCUUAACAAUCUAAAUGGUACCAAAGAGUCAAUCAAAAGUGCCAAGAUAUGGUUCAUGCAGAGGUCUCCAUUUGCACCGGCUUUGGCUGAGGCACUUAGAGAUAGGGUAUUUGCUUUGGAUGAUUCAGAGAGGCAAUUGCACGUGAUUUAUCUUGCCAAUGAUAUCCUUUUUGACAGUUUGCAGAGAAGGGUUAACCCUCGUGACCUCGAUAAUGAAGCCCUUGCAUUUAAACCUGUUCUAGGUUCAAUGCUAGCAAGAAUAUACCACAAUCCUCAAAACGAGGAAAACCGGUCACGUUUACAGAAAAUUUUGCAGUUUUGGGCGUCCAAGGAAGUUUACAAUCAAGAUGACAUAUAUGCACUUGAGAAUGAGAUGAUUAGUGUACCACCAGCUAAUUCUUUUCCUGGGCCUCCAAAAGAGUUAUCUCUUGAUUCAGUGGAGUCCUCAACACCUGCAGGAAUAUUGCAGGAGACGACACACAAUAAUGUCUCUAUGUGGCAGCCUGACAAACAAAGUUCUAUUCCAACUGUGCUUGACCAAGAGAUCCCUGAUAAACAAGGGGCCCAUACCCUGCUACCAGCGCUAGCAAACCAGCAAUUUCUUCCAAAUUCAGUCCCUACUGUGGCUUUUCCGGGCUCUGUGCCGUUAAAUUCUAAUCUUCAGUCAUCUAGCCAACAAUCUGCAAAUACUGGUGAGAAGUUGUCCCCCUACCCUCUUUUCCCACCCGGUCUUAUUCCUGGAAUGGUUAGAAAAAUGCAAAUUGGGAGUGGGGUGCCUUACUCUCCCUUGAGUCCUUUGGAUAUACCAACAGUUAUACCUCCAUCCAAUGUAUCACCAUCAGAAAUUCUUGAGAGAGUAUCAAAGUUUUUCAAAGAGAUUGGAGAGGUUAACCCUUCUGAAGGGUCCUUGAAAUCUAAUUCAAGAGAUGAAGAUAAUGAGUAUGAGAUAGAACCUCCCAUUCGUAAGGGAGGAGCUUGCAUCCCUCCUCCCCCAAAUCUCCAGGUAGACCAAGAUUCAGGAACAUAUGCUACCGGAAGCGCAGAACAGAAACCAGGAUCCUGUGGCUCGGGAAGGUUAGGACUCGGAGCAACAGCUAAUCCCAAUGAGGCAAGUCAAUAUGAUGAUGUUUAUACUUCUUACAGAAAACAGAGGAGCACCUCAUACCAUUCGUCCAUGAGUGCACGAGCUGCUACAAGGUAAAGCCUCUCAAAUAUCAUUUGAUGAUCCAUAGAGGAUGGAAUCAAGAAGUACUUAAGUAGCUCCUUGUGCAUUUAUAUAUCAGAAUUAGUAUUAGCUUUCUGCACAUAAGCAGGGAGGAACCUUGAAAUUUUCCAGUUAUGCUUGUUAACUUUUGAUUGGUGAGGAGGAAGUUAUGCUCUUGCGUAGACCA